AUGGCCAGAUCCUGGUGGUUGACGGUGGGAACGCGCUGCUCGGAGCUGACGGUUGGGAACGUGCUGGGGAGCGGAGUGUACGUGAGAGAAGGGCGGUUUCGGAUCGAGGAGAGGACGCUGACGGCUUUCCAGUGGCUGUACUCGCCCCACCAGCACCGCAUCGUCAGCCGGGCGGACCUGGGCUCGCCCAGCAGGAGCCCUCGUGGUUUUGACGUGGGUCUCCUGCGCCUCAGCCUGUCUCUGGGGCCCGGUGACUAUCCGAGCAUCUGGGGUUUCGCUUUAAAGUGGCGGCUGGGGCUGGUGCCCCGGUGCAAACUGCCGCCGAGUCCCGGGUUUGCCCGGCUCUCACCCUACAAACAGAGGGGAGAGCGGCGGCUGGGGCAGCGCGCGGGGCGCAAAGCUGCUGUGGGCUGUGCCGUUGGCUUCAGCAGCUGCUCCGUGGGAUGCGGAUACGCGGCGACUACUUCAGGCGCGUCGGCUUCGCCCGUCGGGGGCUCGGGGACGGGGCACGGGGGUCUGUGUGCCGCUGUGACCGCUGUGGCGAUUGCCGACGCAAACAGGGCGCAGGAGGAGAUUGUUCAGAGUGCCCCCAUUGCUGGGGUGAUCCUCCUCCCCGCCGUCUUUGAGCAAGAUUGCAGCUUAUCUCUGCCGGAGAAGCGGCCUGCCACCAUGUUCCAGAGAAAGCGCAGCGUCUCCUUCGGCGGCUACGGCUGGAUCGACAAGACGAUGCUCGCCAGCCUGAAGAUCAAGAAACAGGAGCUGCUGAACAGCGCGGAUGUGACCGUCCCAGAGCGGCCGCUGUCCCCCCCCCUCACCGCCCCACCGACCAUGAAGUCUGCGGAAUUCUUCGAAAUGCUGGAAAAAAUGCAGGCACCAAAACUUGAAGAACAGAGGACUGGAAGCCAAAAACAUAAGGAAGACUACAUCCCGUACCCCAGCAUCGACGAGAUCCUAGAGAAGGGCAGCCCGUACCCGCUGAUCAUCCUGCCCCAGUUCGGGGGAUACUGGAUCGAAGACCCGGAAAACCUCGGCACUCCCACCUCGUCCGACCGCAGCAUCUGCGAGGAGGAGGAGGAGAACCUCAGCCCCAGCACCUACGGCUACAAGCUGGAGUGCAAAGGGGAGGCCAGAGCCUACGCUUUUUUUUUCUAUUUUUAGGAUCAUUUAAAUUUUUAUUGUACAGCCAGCAGCCUGGGAAAUCUGAUCCUUUCUGUUAAGUGCGAGGAGGCAGAUGGCACGGAAUAUUUAAGGAUUAUACUCAGGUCCAAAGUGAAGACGUUGCAUGAAAGGAUCCCCCUGGCAGGAUUUAGCAAGCUCCCUAGCAUCCCCCAGAUUGCAAAGGCCUUCUGCGACGAUGCCUCCGGGCUGAAGUUUAACCCAGUUCUGUACCCCAAGGCUUCCCAGAUGAUAGUGUCUUAUGAUGAACAUGAGGUCAACAACACGUUCAAGUUUGGUGUGAUCUACCAGAAGUUCAGGCAGACCCAAGAGGAGGAGUUGUUUGGCAAUAACGAAGAGAGCACUGCCUUCAAGAACUUCUUGAGUUUUCUGGGAGACACCAUAACGCUCCAGGACUUCAAAGGUUUUCGAGGAGGUCUGGAUGUCAGCCACGGGCAGACGGGAGCAGAGUCUGUGUACACGGUGUUCAGGGACAGGGAGAUAAUGUUUCACGUCUCCACAAAGCUGCCUUUUACCGAAGGAGACACACAACAACUCCAGAGGAAGAGGCACAUCGGCAAUGACAUUGUGGCAAUUAUCUUCCAAGAGGAGAACACGCCGUUUGUCCCAGACAUGAUUGCCUCCAACUUCUUGCACGCCUACAUUGUCGUGCAGGUGGAAAACCCCGAGGCAGACAACACGGCGUACAAGGUGUCCGUGACGGCACGGGAAGAUGUCCCCUCCUUCGGGCCGCCCCUGCCGAGCCCACCGGUGUUCCAGAAGGGCCCCGAGUUCCGGGAGUUCCUGCUCACCAAGCUCAUCAACGCCGAGAACGCCUGCUGCAAGUCCGACAAGUUUGCAAAGCUGGAGGACCGGACGCGCGCCGCCUUGUUGGACAACCUUCACGAUGAGCUCCACGGGCACACGCAGACCAUGCUGGGGCUGGGGCCUGAGGAGGACAAGCUGGAGAACGGGGGUCACGGAGGCUUUCUGGAGUCUUUCAAGAGAGCCAUCCGGGUGCGCAGCCACUCCAUGGAGACGAUGGUGGGCAGCCAGAAGAAGCACCACGGCAGCGGCAUCCCGGGCAGCCUCAGCGGGGGCAUCGCGCACAACAGCAGCGAGGUGACCAAGACCACCUUCUCGCCCCCCGUACCAGCAGCUGCCGCCAAGAACCAGUCCAGGAGCCCCAUCAAGCGCCGUUCGGGGCUAUUCCCUCGCCUGCACACGGGCUCCGAGAGCCAGGCGGAGAGCAGGACAAGGUGCGACAGUGUUUCUGGAGCCCAGAAGACACCAGAUUUGGGACAUUCUUCUCAAGAGAUGAAAUCUGAAACUUCGUCCAACCCCAGUUCCCCUGAAAUAUGCCCCAACAAAGACAGGCCGUUUAUCAAGCUGAAAGAGAACGGGAGGUCAAACAUCUCCCGUUCCUCCUCGAGCACCAGCAGCUUCAGCAGCACGGCGGGGGAGAGCGAGACCCUGGAGGAGUACGAGAGCGUGGUAGGCACCCAACCGCCCCUUGGCUGCACCGGGGAAAGCCACGUCUUUUUUUCGCCGCCCGCCCGGGCCGCGCAGGCCAGGGGGCGGGGGCCCGCCGCCACCCCCGUGAUCAUGAGCAGGAGCCCCACAGAUAUAAAGAGCAGAAACUCUCCGAGGUCAAACCUGAAGUUUCGCUUCGACAAGCUCAGCCACGGCAGCUCCAGCACGAGAAUUUUUGUUUCAACAAAGGGAAAACUCUUCAACAUCCUGUGGGAAAACGCAGGCCCCGGCCGUGGGCAGCGGGGUGCCCUCACCUCCCGGCUGCCCCUCUGCACCGGGAAGAAGCUUUCCCCUUGCCGCGAUCUCUGCCCCGGCAGGGACCCAGCCGCCUUCCCACGGGAUGAGGAUUACAAGUUCUGCAAGGUGACUUCCCUGUAA